UGAGGACUUGGUUGACACUACUCAUCUUUAACUACGUCACAGCCACCAGCAACCUCCGACAUGCCGCCUCUAUUGCUCCGACCUCAUGCCAGCCUCUCCCACGCCGAAGCUCUGCAGGUAGCUCAGCAAGCCCCCGAGUUCCUGCGGAAGAAUCCUGCGUCAUACUCAGCAUCGCCGCUGUUCUCGCUAUUUUCACCCCCAGAAAACUCCAAGACAUGGACAAUAUACGAAAACCUCUUGCUCGCCUGUCUACGGACUGGUGACUAUACAACGGCGCACCAAUGCCUCGAAAGAUUGGUGAUUAGGUUCGGGGGGAACGACGAGCGCAUUCAAGCCCUCAAGGGCCUGGUGAAGGAAGCCGAGGCAACAGACAACAGCGAGCUGGAAAAGGUGCUGAAGGAAUACGAGGCAAUCUUGGCCAAUGAUAACACAAACGUGCCAAUCUCAAAGAGGAGAAUAGCGCUCCUUCGUGCAAUGGGAAGGACAGCUGAAGCGAGCGAAGCCCUGGUGCAGUUCCUCGACUUCGCGACCACGGAUGCCGAGGCCUGGAUUGAGCUCUCAGACUUGUAUCUGUCCCAGGGUCUGUACGCGCAAGCCAUAUACGCUCAAGAAGAGGCACUUGUCAUCGCGCCAAAUGCGUGGAAUCUCCAUGCCCGCCUAGGCGAGAUGCUCUUCAUGGCUGCAGAGUCUGGCAGCGAUGGAAACCCUCAGGCGUAUCUUGCAGAAAGCUUGAAGCGUUUCUGCCGAAGCAUUGAGCUAUGUGAUGAUUAUCUACGGGGUUACUACGGACUGAAACGAGUUACCGAUAAACUCCUCGACAAGGAUUUAAGGCAAAAGAAGCCAUCGGAUUCGGAUGAGGUCACCCUACCAGAAACGUCGACGAUUGAACAGCUCAACUUGGCUGCAACGAAGAAACUCGGCGAUAUUGUACGAAAGUACGAUGCCAAGGAUCCUCUUUGGCAGGGCUACGACUCUGGAGAGGUGGCAGCUGCCCGUGCCUGUCUUUCAGAGUCUUCACAAACUGUUGUGCGAUGAAGGCGCGGAUUUCAAGUUGGAGGAACCUUUUCUUAAAACUAGGAGAUGCUUUCGGGAUUUGGGUGGCUAGGAUGUGAAGCUGGCACUUGGCAACCAUCCUGACAACCCCUCACCAGGUGGAAACAAGUCUGGCUAGCGGCACGGAAAGGCGCAAGACGUGAGCUAGGCGAAGCCUUUGUGUGUCGUACAGAGGG